AUGGCAAGAUCAGGUCAUUCCACUCAGUUGACUUCCACUUCUGGAAGACAUAGGGCGCAUCAACCACAGACACAGAAGCUCACGGAUAAUGAAAUUUCAGAGUUGAAGAACUACCUUCCUGAGUGGACUUCAGCAAAAAGGAUUGAGAAGAGGCCAGUUUUCACUGCCAUAGCUAGGGCUGCCAGGCUAUUUGCUCCCAAGGUCGACCAAGCACAAUGGAAGAAGAGGAAGCAGAUGUACAAGACAUGGUUGUUCAACAACCAGAAAAAGAAGGAGAGGAAGGACAUGAUAAAGUAUGGGAGGAAAUGGACUCCUAGGCAGGUGAUCUACCAGCAGAAACGGGAGGAGGUGCUGAAGAGGAUUGAGGACGAGUCCGGGGCAAAGCCAGGAGGUCCCGGUAUGUUCAAGCAUUAUCAGGCGGCUGUAAAAAGAGUCAUGGCUGAAUUGUCCGAUGAUGAGUUGGAGAAGGAGAAAGACACGGCCAAAGAAUGGUCCAGCAACUUUCCUCCUCCCGAGAUACAAGCACAAGUGGCUCGUAAGAAGGGACCGGCGUAUAUGGAGCACUUUUCGAAGGAGAUGUGGAGGCAAUGCGGGAUGAGAGUGUUUGUGAUGUCGGCAUGGAAGAAUGAACAGGGAGAGGUGCUGUUCGGGAUGCACGAUGAUAACGAGGCAUUAGGAGAUGGGGAAAGUUUCAUGAAGACGAAGGACUGGGAGGACAUUGAGCCAGUUUGGCAGGAGUACGCGCAGGAACAAUUCUGUGCUGGGGCACGAGAUGGUGGGCGACAGGUGAAUGGAGGUCGAAAGAGAAUCAGGAAGCCUGCUUUCGAACUCGAAAUCGAUGGGGAUGGGAUGCCGGUGCUUCCUGACAUCACCGAGACGAAACUCGAGGAGAAGAAAGCCAUCGUCAGAGCAUUUCUCACAUCGCACUAUCGUAUCUGUUCUGGGAUUGUCAAGGCAGUUGUGCCAUGGAGCGCCAUCGUACAAAGUCAGGAUGACUUUGUGGCAAGAACGUAUCUUCCGGCGGAUGUGGACUUGAAGGAGCCUUCGAAGUUGCAACAUUGGGACAUGACCGCCUUACUGAAUUUCUGGUAUGCUCUGCAGGAGAAAGGCGAAGGUCCAACAUUCCUGUUCAAAGCAUGGAGGAACAGAGAUGGGGACAUGGUAGCCUCGGUUGUAUCUGGAAAUUCACCUUCUCAUCGGACUCGUAAUGCCAGACGAGUUAUGAUCCGAAGGCCUCGGAAUUCAUCGACCGAAACUGACAGUGAUCCCGAGGCCAAUCACGAGAGUGAUCCAGAGAGCAAUCCUGAGGACAACACUCAUCACAUGGAGGAUGAUGCUGAUGAUGACACAGAGGAAGGUAGAUCCCCGCAAAAGAGACCCAGAACAGAGCCUGGUCCUUUGACAGCACAUGAAGGGACAGCGGUCCCACAUGCAAUUCCACAGCCUCGCCCGGUCAAUGCAGGGAAGACUGGUGCACUGCUGACAUCACGAAUGGGCGACCUCCUGACUGGGCUGACUGCGAGAGUCACUCGCAAUAUUCAGGAGGAUGGUGCAAACGAACGAGUCAAUAGGUCGCCGGCGCCGAAGAACAUGCGGGGAAGGAAAGCGGUGAUUGAGCCAUCGAUCUUUAAAUCUCUCAACCCACUCAUCAUGUCCACUCCAGUUGACAACUCUUUGACCCAUCUCAAGGCAUCCGCUGCCCAGAUCAUGGCCAUCAUCAGUGCCGCCCGGCAGAUUCCCCCGGGUCCCAGCCACUCAGCUUUGGGAAAACAGGUUGCUACACUUGUGUCUGAUGUAGCCAAGGAGUAUGGGUCUGGGGAUGGUCCUAUUCCCGGCCUCAUCAUUUCGUGCUCCAAAGAGCUCCAGCGCAUUCGGAACAUGGUUCCCAAGGUCUGGCCAGACUGGCACUCCAUUGGGUAUGACAAUCCUCGCAUUCUUAGGCACACCUGGUACCCCAAGGUCCUCGCCUGGAACGCCUUAGGCGACCAGACCUUUGAUCUCCCAACUGCUGCCCCCCCAUCCACAGGUCCGAUUCCUGUCAAUCAUCCCUCCCCAGCCAUCCCUGCCAGCAAUGUCGCCGGCCCUUCCACCAACCCCACCACCGAGUCCCGGGACAAGGGGAAAGGUAAGGCCGUCUUCGCUGACCCAGACCCCGAGGCAGAAGGGAGUAAGAAGAGGAAGUCCCCCUUGAUUUCUGGACUCUCCUCCCAACCCCCGAAAUCCGCGAUGAAGAGUCACAAGCGUCAGAGGUCUGCUCGCGUUGUGAAGUCCAAGGCCAUCGUGGAGUCGGAAGAUGAUGACGACUCGGUUAUGCAGCCACCUUUGGGUGGAGUGCCGGAGGUCGUCCUUCCCAGGCUCUCCACAAUUGUCGCAAGGACGCCUGAUUCGCCUCGCUCGCCCUGGGUACCCAAGAAGAAGCCCUUUGGCCCUGCCACAGUGAUUGCCAGCAGUCACACAGCAGUUGUGGAGCCCUCCCAGCCCACUCCCUAA